ACACGAAGAAGAGUUUGCAUUGCGCUCUGCUUCCAUGGUGCAGCAGCAGCACCAUCACCACCCCACCCUCGGAACGGAUCCUUGUGGCACCAUCGCCAUCGACAUUGCUUGCGCCCAUUGCUGCCCUACUGCUUCCCCUUUCGCCGUGAGUAGUCAGGGACCACCGCUUCCCUUUGAAACCGUUUCGGGAUUUCUGUGAGCUUUUUGCGCUUGCCGUAUGGACACACUAUGCACAGUGUGUUUUGGUUUCGGUUCGGGUGGAGCACGCGAAGUUUUUCUCUAGGGUUUUGGAGUUUGAGAGGGUCUUAGGGGUUCAUCACGUGAAGUUUGCGUUCAGUGGACUUCCCGUGAACGUAAUUUUUAAACAAUAAAUCAGAUAGCGGAUCGUUCUGAAGAUUCUCACCUGUCGGAAGCUCUUGAAUGGCGGACGAACUAGAUGAUGACAGGGAUGAGGAGUGGUUCAAAGAGGUAUAUGGUACAGAGUAUAUCGGACCUCCUCGUGCCGCAGGGGCUAUGAGACGAGGGGCUGAACCGGCGCUACCUAAAGUGGUCAACAAGCGUGCUCCCAACCCGAGUGAUUCCGAAGAGGAUGAUGAACCACGAGAUCCCAAUGCAGUUCCUACAGACUUUACCAGUCGGGAGGCAAAAGUUUGGGAGGCCAAGGCCAAGGCCGUGGAGAGGAACUGGAAGCGUAGAAAGGAAGAAGAAUUGACUUGCCGGCUUUGUGGCGAGGUUGGGCACUUCGCCCAGGGGUGUCCAACGACACUCGGUGGCAAUCGAAAGCCUGGAGAAAUAGUCGAACGUAUUUCACUUCGUGAUAAGCGAUUAAAGCCUCGAAUCAUAGGCACCGGGGGUGCCAUUAUACAGGGGAUCGAGAAAGAGACUGGUUGCCGGCUAAAGGUCGAAGAUAACUUGACCGUUGGAAACGGGACCUUUUUUGUGAAGAUUACGGGCCCUGAUAGAGUGGCAGUCAAAAUGGCAGUGACAUCAGUGAAUAAACUUGUAGAUCAAGUAGAAGAUGAGUGGAAGCAACAAGCUGGACCUAGGAAGUUACAGGGAAGAGAUCGGGAAAGAGAUAGAGGAGGAAUUUAUCUGGGGGGGAAUGCGGCCCUUAGUUCUAUAAAUGCUGGUCAAAUGCAGCACAUCGGAGUCAAAAGACAUCAACACGAUAACAACGUUCUAGGAGGUACUGUUCGCAGGGGAGACCUGAUCACUCCACCAUUGGACGAAGAAAAGCGUACGAUUGAGCAUAUAGCAUCUCAGCUGGAGGCUCGUAGGCACUGGGAAACUGUAUCAGGCUCUUCUCAGCAGUCCUUGAAUGGCUCUUAUAAAGAGGGCCGCUCUGCUUCAGGAGUCGGGAGCUUGGCACCAACUCUGCCUGGGAAAGUAGAUGGCGGGAGUGCAUACUACCCAGACUGUGCUUUGUCAUACCCUAGGCAGGCUGAGCAAGAGUUGGAGAUGGAGCUGGAGUAUGAUGUACAGAGCUUGGAUGAACUUGAACGUCGGUUCCUGGAGGAGACUAUUGAGAUCACCAAGGAUCAAAACAAGGAGGAAGACAAGGAAAACUCUCGUCACCGCGAGACGCUUCGAGAAAUUCAGGAGCAGUUUCAGCAAAAGAUGACCAAACUCCGAGCAAAACAAGCCAAGCAGCGUGAAGAUUUUUUGCGGGCUGAGGCACAUAUGCGAUAUCAGACACCAAUAUCAAAUUACUCACAUUACCAGUAUGGGGGUUCUGGGGGCUCGGUGCAAUCGGCAUCAUCUUGUGGCAGACCUACUUCAAAUUACCUUGACCCUUUACCUUCCCGUUCUGUUUCAGCAUACUCUGACCCUAUUCCCCAAUAUGAGGGUUCUUAUGAUUCCAGCUAUGACAAAGUUUACGAACAAAACCCGACGGAGCCUUUGCAGGCUAUUCGAGCAACUUCUUACGACUCUUAUACAGAGGCUCCAUAUUCUUCAGGAUCAACUUCUUAUAACAGAAAGCAAGGAUAUGGCAAGCCAGGUUAUGAUAACAGUAACGUGUACAACAAAUCUCAAGUGUAUGACACUAAACCCUACUCAUAUGGAACUGCUGCCCAGUACCCUGCCUAUGGUUGAUGAUCUAAGGGUGGAGGUGGGAGGUUUAUCAAGGGUAACUGAAUAAGUUGCAAGUCUUUCGUGAAGACACCGCCCCCCUCCCCCUUCCUCAUUUGUCCUAAAAUUCCUGACCUUCGACUUCGAAUUUGACAAUGUACGUCCCGUCAGGUCAGUUACAGAACUGCAGUAGAGUGAUAUGCCAAAUUUUCCCUGCCACUUGGACGUUUUCAUACCACAUGAAUUUGCGUAUGACUGGUUAUUUGAAGUCUCGUGGUAAGGCUUGAAAGAUGGAACGACGAGGAAAUUUAGUAUGUAAGGUUUUCUGUAUCUAAAUGACGCAAGUUUCCUGAGGGUGUGAUAUAUGAUAGUUCUGCAUGUGACGGUCAUGCUUUUGAACACAAAUUCCUUACUGCUAGAAGCAGCAGGGGCAAUUUUUACAGCAAGCAGACAGAUGAUUAGUAGGCCAACAUGACGAGUACAGAGUGGGUUGAACCCUUCUACAGCAUCGAGAGAAGCCUGCGAAGCUGUAAUCUCUGCCUUAAUGUGAUUGUGCAGGUUGACUUGAUCUGUCCUCAGCUUUGCUCAUUCAACUUCUUCAGCAUUACUGCCACAGUGGAACUUUGUACUUUGCACGUGGUGUUCACUGAUCUGCAUACCCUAAGCACGAACUUACCACGGAUUUAGAUAAGCAUGUGCAAAUCUUUGAGCUGCACACUAUUAAAUAAGUUAGUGAUAGUGGCAAUUUUUGACCCCGGAACGUGUCAAGGUACACAAUUUUUAAAAUUUUGAACAAUUAUUGGCUUCGAUUGCCUCUCAGCUUCACAGUCACUUCCCUGGGGUUCAUGGGUGUGCACUCAGUGGAGAUGUAUCAUACUAAUAUCCUGUGCUGGUGGGGUAGGCAAGAAUGGCAAUGGCAUGCCUUCCAUUUUGA